AGCAGAGCAAGCUCAGACAAGUAAUCCAUGGAGGUUAAGAUUGUGACUUCCUUGAGAAUAACCCAUAAAUCAUCAUCACAUCUUCACGGGAUCUUAUUAUAAAUUUCUACAUUUUUUCUUUAAAAAAUUAUUACUUUUUAAUAAAAAAAAAAAUCUUUCUUUGGAUAUUUUUGUUUGACCCUCUUUGAAUUUUCCUCCACAUUUUAUUUUUUAUAAAAAAAAAUUUUUUUUUUUUGGGUUAUAUAUAUGACACUGCCACCUGUGACCCUGUUUUUAUUGAAAAAAAAAAUCCUUUCUUUUGCUCUUCCAACUUUCUCUCUCUAAAUUUAGGUUGUUCUCUUUACUUUCUCUCUCUAAAACAAUUCCAAUUGAAAAAAAGAUGAGAUUUUUAUUAUAGUGGGUAUAUAGUAAGUAGUGUUUAACUUAUGUAAGUUUUGAUAUCAUCAAACAAACAAAACUUUGCAUAAAUUAAAAAGAAAGAAAGAAAGAUCAUUUCUUUUUUUGUUUUACUUUGUUUGGAGGUUUGUUGAAGAAAGACAAUGUUCCAAGCAGCUAUGUCCAAUUCAAGUUUGUCUGAGGAAGCUAGUAAUAAUCUUUCUAGCUUUAACCCUUUGUUACUACAAAACACUACUACUAAUAUCAUCAAUUCUACUACUCAGCAACCACUUCUUCCUAAAAAAGUCAAGAAAAAGAGAAGUCUUCCAGGAAACCCAGACCCAGAUGCUGAGGUGAUUGCAUUAUCACCAAAAACAUUACUAGCAACAAAUAGGUUUAUUUGUGAGAUCUGUAACAAAGGGUUUCAAAGAGAUCAAAAUCUUCAGCUUCAUAGAAGAGGUCAUAAUCUUCCAUGGAAGCUUAAACAAAGGAGUAAGACAGAUAUAGUGAGGAAGAAAGCUUAUGUUUGUCCAGAAUCAAGUUGUGUUCAUCAUCAUCCUUCAAGAGCUCUUGGAGAUCUUACUGGAAUUAAGAAGCAUUUUUGUAGAAAACAUGGAGAAAAGAAAUACAAGUGUGAGAAAUGUUCCAAGAUUUAUGCUGUUCAAUCUGAUUGGAAGGCUCACUCUAAAACUUGUGGAACUCGAGAAUAUAGAUGUGAUUGUGGUACACUUUUUUCCAGGAAAGAUAGUUUCAUAACUCAUAGAGCAUUUUGUGAUGCAUUAGCUGAAGAAAGUGCAAGACUUUCAACAAACCCUUUUUCAAACCCCAUGCAACCACCACAACAACCACCACAAUUCUCCACUCUUUCAACUUCCCAAAACCCUAAUAAUUCCUCUCUAUUCCCUUUUUCCACCUCUCCAUGGGACCCACCACCUUCUCAAAACCCUAACCCUAAUCCACUCAUCCACAUUAAAACUGAAAAUAACACUCAUUUCUCAUCACCACCACCUUUCUUCCAACCACCUCAUAUCUUCACUAAUAAUAACCAUUCCAACUCCAAGGGUUUACUAACCUCCCUUCCCUUCACAUCCUCCGACAACGCCGCGGCCGCGGCAAUGUCAACAUCCCCUUUCUUCUCCGCGACCGCCCUCCUCCAAAAGGCAACCACCUUAGGGCCAGUGUCAGCAAUGCUCAACGGGUUUGACGAGCUAGGAGCAUUGUCCCGACAUGAGAUGGCCGCGGUUUUUACACCGCAGCCAUCCUCAUCUACAAACACGAACACAAACACGAACACGACAACAACCACCACAACCACCACUAGUAAUAGUGAUCAUCAUGAUCAUUACUCCGCCAUGCUCGCCACAUGGCGGAAAAACAACGAUGGAUUGACAAGAGAUUUCCUAGGACUUACCGCAGGAGAUUAUAACCAUAAUGGUCAUCAUGUACAUGUUGAUGAUGAUGAGGUUGUAGGGAAUAUGCUAAAGUUCACGGGUGGGUUACAGUACGGUAUGACAGCUCCAUAUGAUCGUGACAACUCAUCAUCAUCAUCAUCAAUGUUGAUGAAGCCACAUCAACAACAUCCUCUUGUUCAUCAUCAUCAUCAUCAACAACAAAUUGACGGCUUUGGUUUUGUUGGUGCUGAACAUUCUACUACUGCGGCUGCUGCCUCGGGAUCAAGGUGGGGGUGAUACUAUCAUGCAAGUUUUAAGUUUUUCUCUCUCCUCAUGAAAAUUACUGUUUUACCCCUACAACAUGCAAAGUUAGUAAACGUAGCACUUGUUGUUUUUUUGUUUCUUUGAAGUAAAAUGUUUACUUUAGAGCUUCUUAGGUUACCUAAUCUAGGGAGUAUUAUUUAGGAGAGGAACAUGUUUUUCACAAGGACAAGGAUGAGAAUCGAUUUCAGGAUUACUUGAAAUCGGGAAGGAAGCUCUAACCAACUGAGCUAUCCCUCGCUUUAUAGGACCAUGUAAUUGUAUGUUGGAGUGACUUCAUUGUUGAAGUUAGAUAUGAAUAUGUUGUUAUUGUAAGAUCUUGAACAAAUAGAAGCCUACAAGAACUUAUAUUAUAGUAUGAAAUUUUAAUUACAAUUUCGAAAUAAUUAAUAUGCA